UUUCGUCUGUUUUUGAGAAUUCCGGUGGAAAUUAGAGAAUUCGAUUCGGCGCUUCUUUCUAUUUUUCCCUCAUCUAUUUAUUUUAUUGCACUCCUUCAAUUAUUACUCGAGCCUAUUCCUAAAGUUGAUAUAAUCGACCUGUUUGGUAAAAUAUUUAGUACUAUUAAGUUUCCCUAAAGUUGAUAUAAUCGACGAGAUACUUGCCUCCUCCCACUCCUCCCACCACAAUGGAAGGCUAGGACGGAUGGGAAGACUAGGACGGAUGGGAAGAAUCACCUAGUAUGGUGUCUUUUUUGUCUUUGCUGGGAUUUGAACCUGAAACCUCAAAAGUUUAUUCUUGUGAAUUGUGUGGAUAGAUUUUCAUGGGAUAGUUUUAUCAAAGGGAAGCAUUAGAGAAUCUAUUUAAGCACUUCACUUUUUUUUUGUUAAGAUAGAGGCAUGCUUCAGUUUCUUUACCUCUGAUUUUGUGACCGUUCAUAUGUAUAACUAAGAUUGAAGUGAACGGAGUUUGUUGAAAUUGCGCAGUUCUUAAACCCUGCAAUAUCAAAGUACAGGUUUACCUCUAAACAAUUCUAUCAAUGGAUGUGGAAGAAGAUAUCUCUGUGACCAAAAAAUCCCAUCCCAGGAAUCGUAGAAGGCCCAAAGAUGAUUAUGAUUGUGGAAUUAAACCAUCCACUAAAGCUAGAAUGAUAAACUCAGUCAUAUUAGCUAAUACAAAACCAAGUAUUUGUCUAAAACGAGGAAUUGGGAGUUUACACCGAGAUUCUCCAAGUUUGCAGUCUGAACAUCGGAGAAGACUCAGGCGUUUGCUACAAAAAUUGAUGCGGCAACACAAAUAUGCUGAAGCUAGUGGUGUAAUGAGUGUACUUCUUAAAGGAACUACCAAAGAAACAGCUGUAUUCAAAACUCGAACCAAGUUUACGGCUGCUUUGGAGCUCAUUGAGCAUAUAAAAGGUGACACUCUCGGUUCAAGAAGGGUACAAAAUAUUUAUGAACUUUGGAUGAAGAAGCUUGGACCUUUGAAAUUCUGGCCCGUGAAGGAUCGUUUUGCCGUUCAGUUGGAAUUCAUCCUUUCGUGUCUCAAACGUGGGAAUUCAGAGGAUGCACAUCAGGGUGCCUUAUGUCUCAUGCAGGAACGUGGUUUUGAGAGUGAGCCAGUCUCUAAUUUAGUUGUGGGCUUGGUCUUUUAUCAGUUAUGGUAUUCUACUAUCCCAAAGGAGUUACAUUUGCAAGAGUUGGACAGAUUUGAUAGCGCAGUACAGUCAGAGACCUUUGAGGAAAGAAUAGUCAUGUCCAUUUUGAAUUCAGAUGGGCAUGAUGCUGUUGAAGGCCAAGCGGCCAAUUCUCCAUUCCGUUGUGAUUCAAACACCUCUGUUAGGAAUGAUAAAGAGAUCUUGGGAGUUGAUGUCAGUCAACAGAGAGAAGUCCUCAUGGCCAAUGAUGAUAAUGUGUCGGGAGAAACACAAAAUGACAAUUUUCAGCCACAAGACUUUUACAUGAAUUCUGAUGAAAGCAGUGAUCAUGAAGGUUCUUCUAUGGAUCAAAGUGGUGAUGUGCCCUAUCAUUCCAUAUUUUACAAUCGCGGUCUUCCAUUGUGGUUAUUGCCUUUACAAUUGCCUUUGUCAAAUGAAAAUUUAGAGGAUAACCUCAAUAUGAUUCGGACCUGUCGUAAUGACCACUAUAAGAAUGCAAUAAAGUGUUUACGGCAUGCUCUGUAUUCUAGUCCACCCAGACUCGAGGCUUUUCAUCCUUUGAUACAGAUGCUGCUGCUCGGGGAUCAAGUGAAGGAGGCUCUUGAUGAGGUGGAAAAUUUCUCUCCAUACUCCGACACAUCAUUUCAGUUGAGGUUGAAAGCUACUAUCUUGGAGCAUUUUGACAGUGGUAACUAUGUCGAGCUUUCAGCAAUCCUUGAGGAAAAUUUGGAAAAGGAUCCUACAUGUAGCCACUCAUUGGAGAGACUCAUCAGCUUGCAUCGAAGUGGAGAGUAUAGCACUGAAAAGCUGGUGGAAAUGAUAGCUUUGCAUUUGGAUGCUGCUUAUGCAAAAUAUGACACAUGGAAGGAGUUGGCCUGUUGCUUCCUGAGGCUUUCUCAAUGUGAAGAAGAUUGCAUGUCUGUGUGCUCCAACGAUGAAGAUGGUGAGAAGCAAAAAUUCUCGAACCGGAUUAGUCAUAUUCCAAGAAUAUUUAGUGAUUAUGAGUCUAACAAGUCAUGGAGGUUCCGAUGCAAAUGGUGGCUGACACGUCACUUCAGUCAGAAUACACUCACUUCAGAUAUUGCUUCAGGUGAUCGGGAACUGCUGACUUACAAGGCAGCCAUUGCAUGUUACCUUUAUGGGCAAGAAUUUAUGUAUGUUGUGAAGGCUAAGGAGUGUUUGGAAGGGGAGCCAAUUAACAAGAAUUUGUAUUCCAUAUUGCACACUCAUGCUAACAGUUGUACCGGAUUUUAUUUCAACGGAAAGAAAUAAGAGUAAUAUUUAUGCUAGGCUCC